GGGUUGGGCUGAAGAGGAAAUGCUUCCUGAAUGGGGCUGACACUGCAGCCGCUGGAAUAUGCAGGCCAGGGGCCUUCCUGGCAGUGCCAACAGAGUGGACUGUGCCAAGGAGCCAAUUGCCAAGUUGCACAGGGGGGCCGCGGCCGGGAGGCAUGGUGACAACUUUCAAGAUUGCCGUGCUUGGGGCUCAAGGGGUUGGAAAGAGCGCCAUCGUCCGCCAGUUCCUCUACAACGAGUUCAGCGACGUCUGCGUGCCCACCAAGACGCGGCGCGUCUACCUGCCAGCCGUGGUCAUGAAUGGCCAUGUGCACGACCUACAGAUCAUGGACUUCCCGCCCAUCACAUCUUUCCCAGUUAACACUCUGCAGGAGUGGGCAGAUGUGUGCUGCAGGGGGCUCCGGAGUGUCCAUGCCUACAUCCUGGUCUAUGACAUCUGUUGCUUUGACAGCUUUGAGUAUAUCAAAACUAUUCGACAACAGAUCUUGGAAACAAGAGUCAUUGGCACAACAGAGACCCCCAUCAUUAUUGUAGGCAACAAGCGGGACCUGCAGAGAGGCCGAGUCAUCCCCCGCUGGAACGUCUCCAACCUAGUAAAAAAGACCUGGAAAUGUGGCUACAUUGAGUGCUCAGCCAAAUACAAUUGGCACAUCCUGCUGCUCUUCAGUGAGCUCCUCAAGAGUGUGGGCUGUGCCCGCUGCAAGCACGUUCAUACCACCAUCCGCUUCCAGGGGGCACUGCGCAGGAACCGUUGCACCAUUAUGUGAGGCUUGCUCACUAUGCCCAUGCGUACACUCAGAGACCAGAGCCUUCUCUAAACUGGAGGAGCAUGGCCAGGAGGACACAAGCAACUCUAUUUUCAAAGGAAGCAAUGUCAGUGGCAUGCCCAUCUCUCCUGGAUGAAGCCUCAGCAUGACCUGCCUCAUCCCUGCCUAUGCUUAACAUACCAAUGGCAUGGCCUGUAGAUUCAAGGCAGUGGUGUCAUGCUCUGCCUUCCACUCCCAUCACCUGCAUUGGAUCAUGGACUGAACUAUGCAGUACUUCAUAAGAGAAAAGAGGUUAACUGUCACUGUGGAGAGAGAAGGGACAGGGGAAGUCUCUCUGUUUAUAUUGCAGACAGUUGGUGAGCCGUGACAGCGUGGAGCAAGGCAGAGCUGGGAGGCUACCACUUGGCUGUUACCUAAGGGUGGCCAGCUCACCUUUCAGGGAGUGGAUAUCACAUAUGAAGGAAGGUCCUAGAUUAAAAUCUCAGAUCCAAACACUUCCAAAUUUUGUAGGUGUUUUGAUCCAGCAUUUUACUCAUUAGGUCCAUCUAUGACACAGCAGAUAUGGGGCUCUGUAGUGGGGCGUGGGGACACAGCACUAUCUGAAUAAGAACUAGAAUUCAAACCUGAUCACUGGGCUUGGCACCCACCAGUUGAACCAUGGCAGAAGGGAGAUGAUGUCAGAGAGACCGUGGUCCUAAAGCUCAGUUUAUAAACCUCCAGAGCAGGUCAGGAUGUCACCACAUCUCUCUGUCUUGGGCCAGUCACAGUCACAGUGCAUUUGUCUCUUCCCCUGGCCAUUUGCAUUGUGCCUUAUGACUGCUAUUCUGUGCUUAGCCAGGCCCAUCUUAUAGCUAUCCGGAUCAGGAAUAUGCCCUUCCCCACCCUGUCCCCUGUCCAUGGCUUACACCUUCUCUGAACCACUUAUUCACCUCUGUCGCCAUGGGUUCCUGACUAUAUACAUUGCACUGUCAGUGUGCACUCCAUGAGUUUGUCCUGCCACAUAGCUGUAUGCAUCUGACCCAUCCUGAGGCUGCUCCCCCCAUAAGUCUAUUCCACUGUACAUCAGACUGUCAUAUAAGGCCUAUUUUCCCCAGCACCUGUCCUGCUAUAGGUCUCAUUCUUCCAUACUUUUUCUUUCUGUAUGUCUGUCCCAUCAUGCUUUUCUCUCCCAGUGUCAAUCGCAUCCUGCAUGUUCUCCUCUGCAGGCUUCUUUUCCACAGUUCCAAGCACAAUCUUUCACCACUUAGUGAAGGCAAAAGAUGGGAGUGGCAGGAAACUCUCAGGGCCCAGUCAUUUUUGUGGGGGGAUGCAUGAAGCUCUCAUUGACAUUGAUGAGCAGGCCCUAUUGGUUUCCUCUGGACAGCCUCCUACUCUUGACAAGUGGCAGAUUUCCAGAGAGAAUGGGCUAUCCUGUUAACAUCAACUGGAUCCUGUUAACACCAACUACCUAAUGCAAACAUGUUCCCGAGUGGAGUGAAGCUCCAUGCACCUUUGGCUCACUGUGGUGACCAGAGAUGUCUUCACUGCACUCAGGCACAUAAGGAACCAACCAGCCUUAAAUCAACAGGCCAUUCAUUCUCCCAGCAGGAGAGAAAUGUCAGCAGGGAAGCCAAAUCCUCCUUCCUUUCACCCUUUCUAUCUGGAGCUUCCUCCCUCGAAGGACAGAGUGGCCUGACAGCACAAGGCACAGCUGAAUUGGGGGUUUUAUUUUUUUAUUUCUGGAGAGAAUUUUCCAAUGGUACCAAAAAAGAAAAGAAAUUACCCCAAAAAGUUAGGUUCUACCCUCCUGUUUUCUUCUGAUCUAUUUCUACAAGCUCAGAGCCUUUUUUAGAAUCUCAAUAACAUGAGCCCAUGUCUAAGAGGUCCCCUUACUGCUGCAUCUGUGUCCACAUUCACACAUACAUGCAUGUCCACCCACCUUCGUGCUAAUGACCAAGAUUUGGCAGCUGUUUUUUUUUCCUUCCUCCUUUUUAUCUUUUUCUCAUUCCUUGUUUCAAACAAGCUACUCCUUCAGCAGGUAGGUUUAAAGCAAAAUGAUCCUGGUAUUCUUGGGGCAGUACCACUCCCCUUCAACACAGCCCGCAUCUAACUACACCGGCUUUGUCUGAAAGGUACUGGAUUCUACCUCUUCUUGCUAGAUCUGACCACUGUCAGUUGUGUACUAAUUAGAAAAUGAUUAUAAUACUGAAACAAAACUAGGCAUCAGCCUAUUUGAAGGAUAAAGAAAAGAAAAUACUGUAUAUGCAGGUAUAAGCUGGUUUACUGAGUGACAGAGCUACUUUGGCUAAUAUAAACAUAUAGUAGGACUUAUGUUAAUGUACACCAAACCAAUUUUGCCUCCCUUUGUGCAAAGGAGCAUUUGUGUCAAUACAUAUCAGGUCUGAUGACAAAGUCAUCCCCAGCUCUAUAUGCAUCACUUGUGGGGACUGGUUUAUUAACAGCAUAGGAGAUGAAAGAAAAGUCAAAUACCAUCAGAAACUCAUCGGCUGCACAGUUUCACAUAAGUUGCCCACUAAAUUUACCCUGGCUUAAGGCUGUGUUGUAAAGACUGAUGGACAUAUACAUUUUUCAGUGACUCAGCUUAUAUGCAGGUAUAUACAAUUUCCUAACAAGUAAAGCUGUCUCCUUAAACUGUUUAAAAGGGCUCAUAGGCAGCUACAGUGGAUCUCAACUUCCCAAUGAAAGCAGCUUAAUUCACAAACACACAAUACACCCCGUGGAGCCCAGGACUGUGGUAAUAAAACAAGUGAGACUUAAGAGAGAGGGUUCAUUGUCCAGGCUUUAUAAGGAGGAUGUGCUGUAAAUACUACUGUUAAAUUUUCUAGGCUCUUCUGUUAUCACUUUUUCCUAAACAAUCCUUUCUCUAAAUAAAACUCUUACAAGAAACACUGAUGCCAUCUCAUGGCAGACUCCUGAAUGGCAUUGUGUCAACACUGAAUUUGUUUGAAGGCAAGCUGCAAAGGAAUGAGAAGUAGGGUAUGAGCCUUUUUUUCCCUUCUUUAUGAUAGGUGAUGGAGGCCUGUAUUUUUUUUAAGUUUCAUUUCUGCUUUUAUAUUACAAAUUCAGCUUGUCUAUUCUUUCUUCCCCCAAGAAGAUUCUGUGGACAAGUGGAGACCUGUUUGGGUUAUAACAUCAGAGACGACUUCUAGGUGAAACCAGAUUGGGAGGAGAAUUGAUUUUUAUUUAGUCUUUUUUAAAAGGGCUGUUUCGUUAGACCCUGUAACUCAAACAUCUGAGAAAAAAGUUGUCUUUGUUAAAGGGUCAAUUUGGGUAGAAAAAGCUCCCAAUCCUUAUCAGAGACCAGCAUGUUCUGUAGCCUGCCCAGUCAUGGAACAUCUAUGGUAAAAAAUAAUAAUAAUAAAAAAGCAGAUAAGAAAAUCCAGGCCUCCUUUAGCUAGGAAAAAGACUAAAGUCCAAUAUUUUCUCCUUGACAGGUCCCAUUUCACAGGAAUGCUAUUAUCAGCUUGGUAACACUUUUUAUUAAGAGUACAUUUUUUAAAAAUAAGAACUCAAACAAGUUUCACUUUUUUGACCUGGUCCAUGGCACUUUGGAGACUGUAUAACGCUUAACAGCAAAGGUACUUGGUUGACUAUGGCCUACACUGAGGUCAGUUUUGCAACUGGAAUUGUGGUUAGCUUUCAUUUCCACUAGAGAGGAUAGCAUGAAAGCAAGAAAAACUUGCAGCACAGCUACAACAACCUAGUUCUUUACAUUUGUUAUAAUGCUGCAUAUUACAGACAGUUGGCACUUCGCUGUACCCACAGGGAACAGAUGUUGGCACCUAAGAUCUAUUGCUCAUAAAAGAAA